AUGCUGGGGCGCUGCGCCCCGGGCUCCCCGUGCCCCCGGCCCGUGGCCCGUGCCCUGCCGCCCUCCGCCAGCGCCCUCCGCCAGCGCCUGCGCCAGUGUGCAGAACGGAUCCCAGAGGCCGAAGCAGUACUCGACCUGCUGGAGAAAUGCCCAGAGCACCAAAAAAAGGGAAGUUUUCCCGUCAUAGUUUUUGAGGGGCUGGAUGCCACAGGUAAAACCACAGUGACCCAGGCUGUUAAGGACGCCUUGAAUGGCAUUCUGCUGCAGUCCCCACCAGCCUGCAUCAGCCAGUGGAGGACUGUAUUUGAUGAUGAGCCAACACCCAUUAAAAGAGCAUUUUAUGCUGCGGGCAACUACAUUCUGGCUUCAGAGAUUGCAAAAGCAUCCACACAGGCACCUGUGAUCAUAGACAGAUACUGGCACAGCACAGCUGCCUACGCGAUUGCCACUGAAACAAGUGAGAAAGUCCAGGAUCUUCCACCAGCUCAAGAUGAGGUGUAUCAGUGGCCUGAGGAUCUUCUUAAACCUGAUCUUGUUCUUCUCCUGACUGUUAACCCUGAAGAACGAGCCCGGAGACUUCAGCAUCGCGGGUUGGAGAAAACAAAGGAGGAAGCUGAGUUGGAAGCUAACAGCUUGUUUCGCCAAAGUGUUGAAGAGUCAUACAAAAGGAUGGUGAAUCCUGUAUGCCAAGAGGUUGAUGCCAGCCCCUCCAAGGAAGAGGUUCUCAAGACUGUUCUACAAUUAAUUAAGAAACACUGUGCUUUUUAAAAGAAAAUUUUAAACUGUAGUAGCACUUAAAAGAUACUUUUUAUUGCCCCACUGGUUUUGGUACUUAAAAAUGCACAGUCAUGUGUUUUGUCUCAUAGAAAUACUGAAUACAGUUUUAUUCUGUCUACAGUAAUCUGUGCAGGGUAUCUGUUUAGUUGUUGCUACUCUACUUUUCUAUAUAAGGCAAAAUACUAUUCACGUCAUUCAGCAUUCUUAGUAAAGAAACAAACAUACUACAGUCAUGUAUGAAGUGCCUCAGUGCUUUUCUGACACCAGGACAUUUUGAGAUGCUAUCAUGUUGCAUCUUCAUCACCAGGAGAACCUAUUCCCCAAUCCAUUGUGUACCAAAAUUUGCUGCACUGCAUCAGGAGAUUAGAUGCCCAAGAGAGGCUGAAAUAUCAGCACUAAAACCAUGAAAUGAUCAUAGCAUUUAGGAACAGAAAAUCGUGCCCAGUGUUGAGUUUUUUUUUUUUUUUGGAAUAGAAGAUGAGCAGCUGUUGCUGUGAUGGGAAUCCUGGAAAAAAAAAGUGUUGUAAAUGAGUGCCAGUAAACACCAAGGGCUCUAAGUAAUAAAGUCCAAAUCUGUUUAUAUAUUCAAAUAAAAUAUCAAUUAUUUUCAGAGGGAAACCAGAAAAUGCCAGCAAAUGAGAAACAGAGACUUGAGGAGAACCCAAAAUUAAAAACUUAUAAAUGAUCACUAAAGUAUUUUUAAACAAAAUUUUUCUUUAUCCUAUUAAUAUUUGUUAAUGAGAUCUAGUAUUCUUUUGAGAGAAUGUGAAAUGAAAAACUAUAGAGAUUCUGAGCAAUGGGAAUGAUUGCACUUUUUCAGUUCAUCUUUCUUUUUGUGUGGGUGUUUGAGCAGGUUGAAUGUGAAAGCAGGCUACAUCAAGACUUCAGGUCUGCAAAAGCUUAUUUUUAUGUAUAUUAGUUUAACUAUUGUUACUCCUAAGUGUAAAAGUAAAACAUAUGCAUAAGCCUUUGUGAGACCAGAAAAAAUCACAGUUCCAUAAAAAAAAUCUUAAAAUGUAAAUUUGAUUUAGAACACUUUUACUUACUUUCCUGUUUUAAACAAGUGCAAUUAUCAAUGAAUCUGUCUUCUAAAUAAAAACAUACUUGGUACUGUAAUUCCUAUAUCCAGUCUGUAUAUACAAGGUGAUAGAAAGAAAAACUUCUAAAAAUACAUUUUAUUCAUGCACUGUU